CCUUGAUUUGUCUUUUGACUUUAUUUCUUGUUGGCAACGGGCUUGAAAAAAUAUUUUAAAACUUGCGACUGUACUCUGUGAUCAAGUUUUAACUAAAAUGUUUAAAUUUUACAAUGUUAAAGAGCUUAAGCCUUCCCCACAUAGUGUUAAAGCACGCUUACCGCUGGUAUAUAAAAAAUAUUUAGAUUCUCUUAAGUUGCCUCCUGCUCCUGUGCAUUAUAUACCUGAGCCAGAGAAAUAUGUUCUUGAUCCCAAAACCAAGCAAAAGAAGCGUGUCGAAAAUAGAGCUAUCCCUUUGAAAUUUCCUAAAGAAGCUGAUGAAGGUAUUUGGGGAGGAGAAGGUGUCAUUCAAGGUUUCAUUAAAGAAAUACGUAAUCGUAGAAGAUUUCCUAACUACUGGGUUCCAAAUUUAAAGAAGACUGUUGUAUAUAGUGAAAUUCUAAACCAGUAUAUGCAAGUAACAGUCACAGAAAGAACUCUUAGAUUGAUUGAUGAAAACUGUGGAUUUGAUCAUUAUAUUUUGAGUACUCCAGUUCAAGACUUAAAAUCUCAACUUGCCUUAACUCUAAGGAGGAAAAUGCUUCUAGCUCUUGUUAAUGGAGAAAAAUAUCAUGAAAGUGAAGAAAAGAAUAAUGAAGUCUUUGAGAAAUAUAAGAAGUAUAUGAUACCAAAACAAGUCAUCAUCAUUUGCUUGUGGACUUCUGCUGUUUGGAUUGUGUAGAUAUCUUCUCAUGGGGUUUCUUUCCAAGCAUUUCCCUCAACCUCUUGCAGGUCAUAAUAAUAAAUUUAUGACUUAUCAGCCAUAAUUACUGAAGUGAAAAAUUAAAGGUGACACUUGUAGGUGAUAAGAAGCUCAUGUAUACUCUUAAAAUCUGUGCACGUCUGUCUGUUUGUAAAACAUCAUCUCAUCUGGAACAUCAGGGAGUUGAGUUUUUCCAGAGAGGUAUCCCGGAUUCCAAAAUUUUGUGGGAAGCCUUUUCAGUCAUUCUCAUCUUUGUAUUACUUAAUUAAUUAAAAACUCUGAAAUUAUCCAAUAUAUUAAUUAAAAACUCUGAAAAUGCUAAUUUUCACAUCCUGCAGGUGUUUUUUUCACUGUUGCUGUUCGGUGGAAAGUGCAUGGAAGAGUGUAAUAGAUGGAAUUUUAAAAUUGCCAUCCAUCUGUCUUAAACAGGGUUAGAGUAAAAUUUUUUAUGGACU